GUGCCAGAGAUACCUUUUGGGAAGACACUAGAUCCGGUGAAAGUUGUGCGUACCGUUGAGAAUCUAUAUGACCCUAUACCAUCGCCGCCAUCUGACUAUAGGCGUUCUAUUGAAAGGUCAUAUGAUGAGAUGGUGCAGGCGAAAAAACCCGUUCAAUCAGUGGUCCAGGCGAAAAAAGGGAAACAAGUUGCCCAGCUCGGAGAACAACCCGUUCAAUCGGUCCCCCCUCUCAAGGUGUUUGACGAGAAGGCCGUUCAAAGUUCUCGAGAAAACACAACCGAUUACCCCAUCGCUGAAGUAGCAUAUAAAUUUGUUCAAGGGAAAGAUUUGGUCGAGAAUGUCAGGUCGCUACCAACAAGUAUGCGUAAUUUGCAUAUAUGGUACAGUAAUGCCACAAAGAGAGGGAUCGAGGCUAUCAUGGUGCGAGUUAAGGAUGAGCACUACUUCCAAGAAUACACUGUGAGCGUUGACUUCUGCGAACUUUUUCAGUUAUACAAUCUCCGGGCCCUCGACAAAUCUAUCAUCAGUUGCUAUUGUCUAUCGAAGAAGCUCGAAUGCAAAAGGGAUGAAAUCACGGACAUUGGGUUCAUUGACCGGAUACAAUGCAUGAAAAAACCAUAGAAGAACCCAUGUAUAACAAGGAUACACCGGAGACUUUGCUAAGGUUUUUGAAGCAAC